AUGCCUAUUGCUGGUGGUCUGGACACGACCGAGAUGAAGCUCAGUACAUACUCCAAGUUUCCCAUAUCGAAGCUUUUCCUCGGAAUCAAGUUCUGCUCUAAGUACAACUGGCUGCCGUUGGACAUACUCACACGAUCUAGAGUAUCUUUGCACGGGAUCAUCUCCUUUGGCAGUUACAAGGGCACCAUCAUCCCACGAGACGACUGGAAAAAGCUCGUACCAAAUGCAUCUCUUCAGAAAAAUUGCAACAUGCAAGGAUUUAAUGUGAACCCUCAACCAAAACAUGGGGCAACAAUCCCAGCACGGGCACGAAUCGGUAUCGUCUCCAAUAACGAGAAUGAUUGCAAAUCGCCCGACUCUUUCUUCGGAUUUGGUACCCACUGUGGUAUAAAGGAUAUCUCCGUUGGUAACGAAGCCAGACGCAAUUGUUUUGCUGAUAAUGGCGACAUAAGCGCCGCUGCGUGGGCUACAUUCUCGCUCAGUAAUCCCUACAACGCGGGUGCAUUGGGUAGAAAUUACUUAUAG